AUGAGAGAUUUGAGUCAAGUCAUCGGUCAGCAGGGGGAAUUGAAAAGGUUGAAUCAAGAGCUGCAACUAAAAUUGGAUGAUGCUCUGAGCCGACGUGUAUCUACCAUCAAAGAACUCGAGGGUAUCUCUCAGCAGUACCAUUCAUUGAAUUUGCAAUAUACAGAGAAGGUUUCUCAGUUGAAAAUUGCCUACUCUAGCAAAGAUCUGAGUAUUAAAUUGCUAGAGGAUGAGUUAGCCACAACAAAGCUCCUGAUGUUGGAGAAAGAUGCCCGAAUUGCCACCUUGAGUGACUCACAACUUCUGAUGGAGCAGAAUACAACAAGUUUCCAGACGGGAGCAUAUCAAAAGGCUGAGGAGCUACAAUGA